CUGCUCCUGAGAUGAGUGUGUUGAGGCUGCUGUAGUCACGGGCUGCUGCUGCUGCUCCCGCUGCUCCCGCUGCUGAUGCUGCUGCUGGGGUGGAGGGUCCAGGGCAUGCUCGCCUCACAUCAGCUCAGAUAAUCAUGCUGUGCCGCAAAGACCUGAGCCUUGGAGUCACUGGGGGCAGACACACACCCAGCCCAGUGACAACAGACAGAGAUGUGUGCUGCUGUUGAUAAGACAAGGGAGCAAAGGCCCAUCUGGUCCUCGACGGGUCCAAAACAAGGCAGCGAUGGCAAAAAGAGAUUACCUUGUGGAGGCGGCCAAGCAGAUCCGCAUGGCACUGGACAGCGAGGUCAAUGAGGACUAUGAGGCAGCUUUCAGUUACUACAAGAACGGGGUGGACUUGCUGCUUAAUGGGGUUCAGUUGGAUCCAAAUAAGGAUCGUAGGGAGGCUGUGAAGAGGAAGACGACUCAGUAUCUAAAGAGAGCUGAAGAAAUCUUCAUAACACAUCUGCAGGACAACCUAGGGAAGGGAAGCUCUCAUUUGGGGGGUUACAGCAGUCUGAGAUUCCGUCCAAUCAGACAUUUGAGUUCGCCUGUGGAGGAUCUGGAGAUGUGUAAGGUGGUGGGAGUGACUGAUAAGGUCCUGAUUGUCCAGAGUAUGGUCAAUAAGGAGACAUUUGUUGUAAAGAGUCUGGUCAAGUCAAGCUGGGAGAGCAGGGACCAGCCAACCAUCAUUCCUCAGGGGGUGCCAUACAUGGUUAAGUUGCUAAGAUAUUACGUCAGCGAGGAUGCUGUGUACCUGCAUCUUGAGCAUAUCAAAGGUGGGAGGCUCUUCUCGAAGCUGCACAAGCUGAGGAACGAGAAGGCCAAGGAACACCCAGAAUGCUUCACAUCUGGCCAGCACAGCGUCAAGCUGAAGACCAGCCACACCUCACCCACAAUCAGCACAGACUACCAGCACAACAGCAGAGAGAACACAGGAGUGAUUCCACAGAAGUUAAGUGAUGAGAGCCCGGACACUGACUUCUCCACCUCAUGGGAUGAGACUCAGCAGCGACUCGAGAGCUGCGGGACUCACUCCUACAUCGAGGAGACGGGCUGUCUGCAGAACACGCGCUCCGCAGCGUCAUUUUAUACCAAGCUCGAUCGACUAACUCUGAAUUCAGGCCCGACGAGGACACAGGUCAACGCCCGCAUCCAUCCACCAGCUCCUAGUUUGUGUUUGCACUCCAGUGAAACUCAGGAACAGCCUGCUCUCCCUCUCGCUUGCGCUCGUGUCAGUCAGGCUCUUGACGUCAUGUCAGGACUCCAUAAAAAUAAAGCUGGAAUGGGACUCACAGAGUGCAGCUCUGAGUUUGAAGCGGCUUGGAAAGCUGCCGAUCCAGCAUGUAACUGUGAGCAAGUGAACCCCUAUGCAGUGACUGACAGUCAUUUAAAUAGCACACUAGGACAAACACCACCUCAUACAAAUCAGACCUCAUCUAUAAAAGCGGGAUCGCCAAACAGUGAAAAUAAUGGUUUGAGCUCAUCCCCUGCCAUUUUGCAUCUUCCUCUCCAUUGCCAAACCCAGAUCCGUGGCAGGGCAUCAUGGGAUACCAAUGGCUCUCACCAAGGAUCUGUUUUAAGUGUUAACUCUUCAGAUCUGGUUACAGACUCAAAGCAGGACAGCAGCCCCACCACAGAGGAGAGAAAUGGAAUGGUAGUCAUCAGGAGCACAGACAGAGCAGUAUUUUCUGACUACACAGACACAAGGAUCACCUCAGAAAGCUCCUGGCCUUCCCCCACUUCCCUCUGCCACAGCAUUGCAGCAAAACAGGGGGCACUUCCAGGGGUCCCCCUUGCCCUCUCAGGAGUGAAGCACAAAGGGGAAACACAUUCCAGUAAGACGAGAGAGGCUGUAGAGGAAGCCUGCGAAUUGCGGAGCCCUGGAGAGAAGGUGGCAUCUGGAAAAGAGCGAUCAUUUGGGAGCUGGUUCUCCUCAGGCCAUCAUGCAGCCACUCCCCACAAGAGCGGAGAGGAUGCGGAUGCUCUCGUUAAAUCAGAAGGCUCUGAGGGGCAGGGGGAAGACCAGAUUAUAGAGGUGGACGGCUGGUGCCACCUGCCUCGGAUACCUGUGAAGCCCUCCAAUACAACAGAUAAGUCCAUGCAGACGUGCUGGGGGCUUCCAGAGGCAGAGGUGCGUGUGUGGGGGGCUCAGAUUCUGCUGGCUCUGGAGAGUCUGCAUCAGCAAGGCAUCCUGUGUCGGGACCUCAACCCUAGAAACGUUCUGUUAACGAGCAACGGGAAGGUGUGUUUGACUUUUUUCGGACAGUGGAGUGAGGUUCAGUCGGAGAUCAGCACCAAUGCCAUGGAACAGAUGUACUGUGCUCCAGAAAUUGGAGGCGUGUCCAGGGUUACAGAGGCGUGUGACUGGUGGAGUCUCGGGUCUUUGUUGUUUGAGCUCCUAACAGGAAUGCCACUGUGGCAGCUCCAUCCUGCAGGAAUCCACUCCCACACCCAGCUGCUCAUCCCCAACCACCUGAGUGCUGCAGCUGCGUCUCUGCUCACUGAGCUGCUUCAGUUUGAUGCCGGCUACCGCCUGGGCUCUGGAGGUGGAGGCGUGAGUGACAUCAAGUGUCAUCCCUUCUUCAGCGGUGUCUCGUGGAAAGCUCUGAGCUGCUAGCAGGUGCAGCUGCUUCCACUCUGAUCCCUCGGUCCUGCACUGGAAUUGAAGUUGAACACUGAAUCCUGGCGUGGCCAAAAAGGAUGCAGCACCAGAUCCCUGGUUUCCUUUGAGUUUUGUGCUUCCCAAAGAAAAAUGACAAUAAAAACUGAAACUUGAACAAAAGUGGUGACCCAUGACCCUUCAAAACAUGAAACAAGUGGAUUUAUUUUGACUUCUGAGACUCAGAUAUGAUGGGAACUUUAGCUUUGAUGCAAUUUUGGUAUAUUUAAAUUUUAUAUGAUCACCACGCAUGUAACCUGACACCACAUUAGACUAAAUUCUGACAAUUACAAAUGUUAAGGUUGUCUGCCAUUAAAAAAACUGUAAAAAAUUAGGCAAUAAAUUAUAAAUUUUUUUUUCUAGCCCUGACAUUUUACUCACUGUUUUGCAGUCUUUGUGUGUCAUAAUUGCUCACUAGGCUAUGCAUGGCCCCAAAGAGGAAAUCCAAAGCCAUUCCAAAUUGAUCACUGUGGGGUGGGGCUUUUUAUUUUGAGGUUGUAAGACUUUUUCAUCUUAACCAAUAUACAGACAGGUGACACAUUAAAAGAAAAACCUGAAUAAAUGACACCUCAGUGAGAGUUGCUACUGCGCACUACAUGUGGAUGAACUAACUAUGCCCCAGUUGUU